AACAAACAAUUCAUCCCAGCGGGAGCAUUCGGAUUUUGAGCGCAGAAAUGCUGCAGUCGAUGAAGGACCCGCGGUGUGCGAUCUCUGGAUUACGUCGUUUUUGCAAAGGAAAAGAAGGCAUGGGUUGAUACAAAUUCCCACCCACUGGAAAGGCUCGACUGCAAUCAAGAUGACACUAGAUCACCUCAAGACAUUCCUCUACCUUGCUGUCCUUGUUCAGAUAAUAUGGCUACCAUUCACUUCUGGCACAGGUUGCAUCUUUUUGCGCGACGACCAGAGCAUUCGGUGUCAGAAUACGAGCCUAGAAGACAUCGGGGAAUCCCUUCACAUCCUGACUAUGGUCGUCAUGAACAGGCCACAGAUUAUUGACGUUGAAGACUGUAGCGGCAGUAAGCAGCUGCCGCCUAUCUUCGAGGGCAUAUCCAAUGUCAGCAUCGACACUGUUCGAAUCCGGAGGUCCGGGAUUCAGGCUCUGGACCCGGACGUUUUUGUGCCUGUUGCCAACACCCUCAGGGAUCUGGACUUAUCCCACAAUGCACUAAGAACUGUGCCCCAAGCCGUUGCCGUAUUAUGGGCCCUAGAACACUUAAACCUGCAACAUAACCGGAUAGUGUUCCUCAGGCCCAGUGGGGCCCUUGAUGGGCUGCCUGUGUUAAGGGAGUUAAAUUUAGCCCACAACUAUAUCGGGCAAGCAAAGGAUGUGGCGGAUGAUUUUACGCAGCAACAUGGAUACCAACUCAAAGCUUCCCUGAAGGUAGACGAUUUCAGCCUCGGCCGCACAGUUCGCAGCAUCGAAUCCCUGAAUUUGAGAGGCAAUCGUCUGGCAGCUAUACCUCAACAAGUGUCCGGUUACAGUCUUCCAGAACUGAGACACCUCGACCUCAGCGAAAAUGUCAUUGGUAAAGUGGAAGAGCUGUCUUCUGCGUUGCUGCCAAAGUUGGAAUUCUUGGAUUUCCAGUCUAACAGAAUACAAAACAUUCCGUUCUACUCUCUUCCCAUUACACUCAAGUAUUUGGAUUUGACAGAAAACCCUUUUCACUGCGAUUGUUCUGCCAUCUGGCUCUACGACUGGUCCCUGGCCAACAGCACCAGCAUUCGUCUGCCAACUUGUAACUCUCCGGAACGUCUCAAGGAAAUUAAACUGGAGAAGAUUCCAUGGGAAAUAGAAUGCCCUGAAGAAAACGCAACUUUUCCCUUCCGAUACUUAGCAAAAGGUCACAGAGACUACGAUGUUAUACAGCUAACAAGCAGUGCAACUUCCGUCACCAUAUCAUGGAAGGUACAAGAUCCCAAGCUGAAAGACGCAACUGAUGAUAAAAAGUGGGCCAUCGUCUAUCGCCGAGCCUCUGACAGUCCUUAUCAAAUGACAUUGGUCCCUACCCAACAGUCUCUGGGUAAAGAAUCCGUGCUGAUGCAACGCAUCACCCACCUUCAGCCUUAUACCAGCUAUGUGGUUUGUGUGGCCAUAGUUCACAACGGGAAAUAUACCAUCGAACCUAACAAAUGUCGGAAAGUAACUACUAAGAAAACCCAACCUGGAGAAGCUAAUGAGAGUCUUCUGGAAUCAGGUGGAGGAUCUUCCUUAUUCAGUAGCAGUAAUAUCCGAACAGAAGUCGAUGAAAUGAGUGUAUCCGCGACAGCAAUAACAAUAAGGUGGCAGCUGAAAGUUCUGGAGCCCCUCAGUCCAACUGACGAAGAGACAUCCAUUCGUCAUGAAUGGACGAUUCGAAUCCGAAGGACGGGCUCAGACAACUAUACAGACAUUCCAGUCUACGAUAUCACGUCAACAAGCGAGACGAACGGCCAGCUUUAUGAAUAUGGAAUAUCAGAUCUGGCAUCACAGACUCAUUAUGAUGUGUGCUUGAUUGAUGUCGAACACAGGCCUAUAGGAGACAGGAUCACGGCAAUGCCAAUAGAUACGUUGUACUCUAAUCAGCCACGAGUUAACGAAACAGCUUUAUGCAGAACUGUCCAGACAUCUAGCAAUUAUCUCUUGUACGCGACGGAGAUCGCCGCGAUUGCGCUCGCAUGCGCCAUAUGCUUCAUUGUGAGCGCAGUGACUAUAUUUUUGUGUCGGCAGAAAAGACUACUAAAAUGGAAGCCAAAGAAGUUGAAGAAGUGGUUUUCGAAAGGCUGCAAAGAACGGCCGCAGCCCAUUGGUUGCAGCAAAUAUAUGACAACAACAAUACCCAGAGUGCACUGCGAGCCUCGAAUAAGCGAGAAACCAUUCGAUAGAAGCUUCGUGGGCUCAUGGAAUUCUUUAAGGUUGCCAUACGAGGAUUUUACAAAUACACAAAGACCAGAAUUUCGUAGUUUCAGAGCAACAGGCUACAGAGACGCGCUAACGUCUGUGACGAUAUAUAAAUCGGGUUAUUCCGAAUGCUGAAAAAAUUUUGAUUUCAUCACCUAUUCUAUCAGGCACAGGAAAAUGUGCGCAGCAAACAGAAAAAUCUCUUCUGUUUUGUGACUCUUUUAUGCUCACAAUGCAAAGUAUGGAUGUUAAUGAAUAAAUGCAGAAAACAUCUGUAACCACCUGUUGCUGAUACAGCGCCGAAUAAAGUAAAAUAUGUAAAAUACA